AAAUUGUAAAUCAAUCAUAACACAUUUUAACUAGCUCUAACACAAACUCUAAAAUUUUAGAUUAAUUCAGACUUGGUAACAAUUUUGACUUAACUACGAGCGUCAUUACCAUUCUAUGCAUCGUUUUACACGAAUUACACUCACAUCUCAAAGAUACAUGUCCACAUGCUACGUACCGAGUAUCGACCACACCCGAUAAACAACGGGACAAGCCCUAGAAUCCCGAAAAGGCAAAAAGGUCCCUUGUUUUCUCUCUUUUUUCAUGUUAAACACAUACUUUUUAAAUUAACAAGAAAGCCCAGAUAUUUUUGGUGUUUUCUUACUGAAUCUAGACUUGAAGAGAAUUUUAGGAAAACUCCAAAAAGCUCGUACGCUAAUUCUUAUCUUCACUUCCAUUUUUCCUGUGGUGAUGGUGAGAGUUCAAGUGUUCCAACGAUGGCGAAAUCCCCGGUAGAGGUGAAACUGAUCCCGAUCGAAGCUACUCCUGAGAAUUUCGCAGACUAUGGUCAAGUCAUCGAAGCCUCUCGUGACGGUGCAGGUUUCGGUCCCAACGACGCUCAACUGGAUCUCUCCAGAGGAAUCCCACGGUUCUAUAUAAUGCGGAUCAGAGAUACACCCUUUGACUUUUCCGUACUCACUCACCACGCGAGCGUGACACAGUGUCUAGGAUCAAUAGGAGGUCAUGUUUGGUACCUUGGAGUGGCUAAACCGACACUUAUUGAAGAUGGUGAUGAUGGAAAGAUGGUAGAUAAAUUGAAAUCAAGGUCUGGUCACUUGUACGCUCCUCCUGCGGUUGAAGAGAUUCGCGUCUUCAGGGUCUCGGGACCAAAGUUUAUUAAACUGAACCACGGUACGUGGCAUGUUGGACCACUCUUCAGUGACAGCUACAUGGACUUCUACAACCUUGAGCUCAGCAACACAAAUGCGGUGGAUCGCACGACAUAUGAUUUCAUCAAAAAUAAAGGAGUCACCAUCCGAGUUGACCCCAACGAUGUUGACACAUCGUCCUCCUAACUCAAUCUUAUCAUCAGUGUGUGCUUCUGUUUUCAUGAAUAAAUUGAGCAAUCGUGAAUAAAAUUUGUAUGCAACUGUGUACAAAUUGUUUUUUUUUUUUUUUUUUUUUUUUCAAUAAAUAUCGAAAAUACUUGUUUUCUCAUAUUUUCAUGUUAAUCCCAUACUUUUAAAAUUGACAAGAAAACCUAAAUAUACUUUGGUGUCUUCUGAUUGAUUUUAAAAACAUUUUGAGUGG